CAGACUCCACCCCCUCCUCCUCAGACAGGUGACUAGUCCAACCUGGUAGAUAGGUCUAAACAGGAUGUAUACAUCAUGAGGUGUUGUACUUUUUAAUAAGUGUGUCUGUCAGAACUUUUUUGUAGGAUGAGAAACAGAAAAGAGGAAAGUGUCAGCUGCUGCAGAGGUGUGUAAGAUAUGAAGUUAGAGCUGUAAAUGAUCCAUGUUCACCUUGCAGCAGUGCUCUGUUUGUUUCCAGGCAGAGCACUGACUGCAGGUCAGUUCAGUCUGAUUUUACUCUCAUUUAUCUUCUCAUAGUUUUUAGUGUUGAACAUCUGAGGUCUGGUUUCAGUAAAGGGGUUCCUUGUGUCUGUUAGUGGUACUGCAGCUGGUGGUGGUCUCCAGUCACAGCUGUGGUCUGUGCUGGGAGUCACUCACACUUUUGAUGCUGAUGUGGUUUGUGGAGUUUUUAUGUGAAGUGGUUUUGGUUGGUGUUUUCCUUUUCACAGGUAGAAUCCUCUGAGUGGUUCAGCUUCACAGCUCUGCUCCGACCGUCGCCCCUUUUUCACUUUUACUCAACUAUAAUCACUUUGAAGCCCACAAAGAACAUGACAUGUUUCUAAACAGGACUUGGAUCAUUACAGUGUCUGCUAGUUUCCGCGUUCACCUGUGCGCGCUCCCGUGAGAAGUGGGCGGAGCGUCGGCACCACGCCUCCUGUUGUUUAGGUAGACACGGAGCAGGAACAGGAAGGAAGUGUUGGUGGAGUUGGCGAAGAUAUGAAAGUUUCUGCGGUAAGAAGAAGCUGUUUCACAGGUUAACUCCUCACAUUAGAAAAGAUGAGUGAUUUGGAGGAAGAAGAUGCAGACACAGAGUAAGACGACUGUUGAUGAAUGAGUGCAUUUCUCUGUUUCUUGUGACCCAAGUGGACAGCUGCCCUGGAAAGAGGAAGGAGAGUGAUGUUUCUGUGGAGGAGCAGCUGUCCUGCUGUUCUUUGUGUCAGGACGUCCUGAAGGAUCCAGUCUCUACCAGCUGUGGACACUGGUUCUGCAGACGGUGCAUCACCUCAUACUGGGACCAGUCUGGUUCAUCAGGAGACUCCUCCUGUCCCCAGUGUGGACAAAGAUCCAGACCAGGACCUGGACUGCAGACAGCCAGUCAGACCAGCACUGUACAAACAGAUAGUGGUCUGCAGGAGGUUUUAGAUGAACAUAAGAUCAGUCUGAGGAGGAGAUGUGAACGUGUGACUGAAGGAACUGAUGGAACAGGAAGUAGAACCCUCCUCAACAGGAUCUACACUGAGCUCUACAUCACAGAGGGACAGAGUGAAGAGGUUAAUACCCAACAUGAGGUGAGGCAGCUGGAGACAGCUUCCAAGAAGAAGACCCUCCAUGACACUCCAAUCAGGUGCCAGGACAUCUUUAAAGCCUUACCUGACCAACAGAGACACAUCAGAGUGGUUCUGACCAACGGUGUCGCUGGUGUUGGAAAAACCUUCUCAGUGCAGAAGUUCACUCUGGACUGGGCAGAGGGCUUGGAAAACCAAGAUGUCAGUCUGCUGGUUCUGCUUUCGUUCAGGGAGCUGAACCUGAUCAGAGAUGAGCAGUACAGUCUUCUCACGCUGCUCCAUGUUUUCCAUCCAACAUUACAGAAGGUCACAGCAGAGAAGCUGGCUGUCUGUAAAGUUCUGUUCAUCUUUGACGGCCUGGAUGAAAGCAGACUUUCACUGGAUUUCAACAACAGGAAGGUUGUGUCUGACGUCACACAGAAGUCAUCAGUCAACGAGCUGCUGACAAACCUCAUCCAGGGGAAUCUGCUUCCCUCAGCUCUGGUCUGGAUAACUUCCAGACCUGCAGCGGCCAAUCAGAUCCCUCCUUCAUGUGUUGACAGGGUAACAGAAGUACGAGGCUUCACUGACCCACAGAAGGAGGAGUACUUCAGGAGGAGAUCCAGUGAUGAAGAGCUGUCCAACAGAACCAUCUCACACAUCAAGACCUCCAGGAGCCUCCACAUCAUGUGUGGAGUCCCAGUCUUCUGCUGGAUCACUGCUACAGUUCUGGAGCACAUGUUGACUACAGAGCAGAGAGGAGAGCUGCCCAAGACCCUGACUGACCUGUACUCACACUUCCUGAUGGUUCAGACAAAGAGGAAGAAGAACAAGUACCAUGAGGGACAUGAGACGAGUCCACAGGAGCUGACGGAGGCUGACAGGGAAGUUCUUCUGAAGCUGGGGAGGCUGGCGUUUGAACAACUGGAGAAAGGAAACACCAUGUUCUACCAAGAAGACCUGGAGCAGUGUGGUCUUGAUGUGACAGAGGCCUUGGUGUACUCAGGAGUUUGUACAGAGAUCUUCAAAAGAGAGAGUGUGAUCUUCCAGAAAACAGUCUACUGCUUUGUUCAUCUGAGCGUUCAGGAGUUUCUGGCUGCAGUCUACAUGUUCCACUGUUUCACCAACAGGAAGACACAGGUACUGGAGGACUUCCUGUGGGGAGUCAUGGAGAAAUCCCUUCAAAGUGAAAAUGGCCACCUGGACCUGUUUGUUCGCUUCCUUCAUGGCCUCUCUCUGGAGUCCAACCAGAGACUCUUAGGAGGCCUGCUGGGUCAGACAGAGAACAGUUCAGAAAUCAUCCAGAGAGCCAUCACCAACCUGAAGGAGAUGAACAUGUACAAAAUCUCUCCUGACAGAAGCAUCAACAUCUUCCACUGUCUGAUGGAGAUGAACGACCACUCAGUUCAUCAGGAGAUCCAAGAGUUCCUGAAGUCAGAGAACAGAUCAGAGCAGAAACUCUCUGAGAUCCAGUGCUCAGCUCUGGCCUACAUGCUGCAGAUGUCAGAGGAGGUUCUGGAUGAGUUGGACCUGGAAGAGUAUAACACAUCAUGGGAGGGACGAUGGAGACUGAUCCCAGCUGUGAGGAACUGUAGAAAGGCUCGAUUUAUUAACUGUGGACUCUCAGAGACUCACUGUGAAGUCGUGGCCUCAGCUCUUAAGUCCAACCCCUCCCAUCUGAGAAAUCUGGACCUGAGCGACAACUACAACCUGCAGGAUUCAGGAGUGAAGAUACUGUCCACUGGACUGGAGAGUCCAAACUGUCAACUGGAGACUCUGGGGUUGAGGUACUGCAGUUUGUCAGAGAUCAGCUGUUCUUCUCUGACCUCAGCUCUGAAGUCCAACCCCUCCCAUCUGAGAGAACUGGACCUGGGCAACAACCACCUGAAGGAUUCAGGAGUGAAGGAGCUGUGUGGUUUUCUGCAGAGUCCAGACUGUAGACUGGAGACUCUGAGGUUGUGGGGCUGUAGGUUGUCAGAGAUCAGCUGUUCUUCUCUGGCCUCAGCUCUGAAGUCCAACCCCUCCCAUCUGAGAGAUCUGGACCUGAGAGGAAACAACCUGGAAGAUUCAGGAGUGAAGGAGCUGUGUGGUUUUCUGCAGAGUCCAGACUGUAGACUGGAGACUCUGAGGUUGUGGUGCUGCAGUUUGUCAGAGAUCAGCUGUUCUUCUCUGGUCUCAGCUCUGAAGUCCAACCCCUCCCAUCUGAGAGAUCUGGAGCUGAGUAACAACAACCUGAAGGAUUCAGGAGUGAAGGAGUUGUGUGGUUUUCUGCAGAGUCCAGACUGUAGACUGGAGACUGUGAGAUUGAGAUGGUGCAGGUUGUCAGAGAUCAGCUGUUCUUCUCUGGUCUCAGCUCUGAAGUCCAACCCCUCCCAUCUGAGAGAUCUGGACCUGAGUGACAACAAGCUGAAGGAUUCAGGAGUGAAGGAGCUGUGUGGUCUUGUGGAGAGUCCAGACUGUAGACUGGAGACUCUGAGAGUCAGCGGCAAGGUGAUUCAAGCUUCCACAGUUAAAAAAAGUCCCUGUGGUGUCAAACCGGACCCCAACAGAGCAGGCACAAAGCAGCUGGAUGUGUCUGAAGACGACACAAAGAAGCCGGAUGUGUCUGAGGACAAAGAAAGGAUGCUAGAUGUGUCAGUGGACAACACAAAGCUGAUGAUGGAUCCAUCAAGCUUCACACCUGAACUGCAAACCAAAUCUACACGAGUCUCAUACAGGUUCAGGUGUCCUGGUCCAGGUGGGUUCCAGUGUACUUCCACUGGACUGGUGUUUGUUGUGGAUCAGGAGGCGGAGCUGCUCUACAGGACUGUCCAAUGGGAUGAGAGCCAACUCCAAUCAGCUGGAAAGAUGGCUGCAGGACCUCUGUUUGAUAUCCAGUGUCCUGAUGAUGCUGUCUGUGAGCUCCACCUCCCACACUGUGGAACAAAGGAUGUGCUGCAGGUUGAAGGCCUGCUGUCUGUCGUCCACAAGACUGAUGAUGGAACAGAAAUCUUGGAGCCGCUGGAGAUCACAGAGACUCAUGUGGUUGUGAAGGUUCCUCACCUCUCUGCCUUUGGCCUGGUCUUGGAUAUUGUUAAAUGGUUCCUGGGAAUCAAACAGCCAAUAAACUGUGAUGUUCUGCUGUUCCUCCGACCUCCAGUUAGAGGGCCUCCAACACUUGAUGUGUUUCUGCUGCCAAACAACGUCCCUCUGCCGGAGGUUGAGGCCCAACGAAGAAGUGCUGAACACAUCAGUGUCUCUUCUGAUUGUGAACUUUACAUUGGUGCAAGUUACAGUGUCCACUGUGAACCUGAGGACUUAGAAAUACAGCCCGAGCGUGCAAAGUUCCGCUCACAUUAUGGACCAAAUUACUUUCCAACCUUUGAGGUUUUCCUGACGUCAAACCCAAAGAAAGUGACUUUGAUGGUCCAAGACCAGGAGAAGACAGAAGUCUGGAAACGUAAUAUUCAUCUGACAGGUCCUGGUCCAGCAGGGAGACCGACCACCCCAACAGGGACUCUGAGUGUCCCAGCAGAAAAGAUGCUGAGUUUUGUUCGGACUCAGUUUAUCAGCAGAGUGUCUGAACCUGUUCUACGUAAGCUGCUGGAUAAACUCCUGGAACGUGGGGUGAUAACUGAUGAUGAGAUGGAUUUAGCUGGAACAGCGAGCAGGGCAGACAAAGCUCGAGCGGUGAUCGACACGGUGAGAAGAAAAGGAUCAGAGGCCAGUUCAGCUCUGAUCUCUGCUCUCUGUGAGGAGGAUCGAUGCCUUUCAACAGAACUGAACUUAACGUGAAGCCAGGAACAGUGUUUAUCAGGCUGUUUCUGUCUGACACCAACACAUCUGUUAUUCUUAUAGUUUUACUGUUAAACUGUUUCUCCAUUGUUUAAGAACGUUUGGUGAAAACCUUAAACCUUUAAACAUGAAUCAGGGUUUCCUGUACUGUACUGGUUCACAUGAUAAAUUCAGCAUAAUGUAUAUAUUUCUUGUACAGUUAUUGAAUAUGUUUGCUACUGGAAUUUUCAAGUC